AUGAAAGAUCUGAACUCCGAAGCCGAAGACGCCCGCCAUAAAAUCAACAACUACUUCGACAAGAACGCUACGACGGGAAGUAUGUCUUCAAGCAACCAGAGUGGCGUGGCUGGUGCGGUGACUGGGGUCACGGGCACUCUCGGAGCAGUGAUCGGUGGAGUCUCCCGAACAGCAGGCGGCGUAGUGGGAGCAGCAGGCAGAGGCGUAGGCCAUACCAUCAACAACGCCACAAGAACUGCUCCGGUCGGUGAUGGGAUUCAAGGCCUGACUAACGGAAUAGAGAGUGCGAGUAAUAGCCUUGCACAUGGUGUCGAGCAAGGCAGUCAGGGCAAGAAGAUCUGGUAG